GACUGUUUAUUUACGUCAUAUAAAUACGAAAAUAAUAAACUUCUUUUAAAAAUGGCUCUUAAACCUACAACGUGUAAGGACGCUAUCAUUAGAUGGGAAAAAAAACAUGAACAGUCUGCCGCAGAAGCCAAAGUAAUAGAACUUCAGUUUCAAUGGCCACCCAUUGAGAAAAUGGAUGGAGUUCUCUCGACAUUAGUUGAAUGCGAAAAGCUGAGCCUGUCUUCUAACAUGAUUGACAAAAUUGCUGGUAUCGCCGGCAUGAGAAACUUGAAGAUUCUCUCGCUGGGAAGAAACUACAUAAAGUCGGUGGCAGGAAUUGAAACUGUCGCGGACACUCUUGAAGAAUUGUGGAUUAGCUACAACCAAAUAGACAAGCUAAAAGGGCUUGGGGUCAUGAAGAAUCUAAAGGUCCUCUACAUUUCAAACAAUUCCGUCAAAGAAUGGGCCGAAUUCAACAGACUUCAGGAGUGCAAAUCCCUUCAAGAUCUGGUGUUCAUUGGCAAUCCAUUGUAUGAUAAUCAGCCUGAUGUAGACACGUGGCGGACCCAGGCUUCCAACCGUCUGCAGCAGAUCACGAAGCUGGAUGGUAUACCGAUUGUUAGAGAAUAAAUAAUGCCUUGGUAA